AUGAGCUAUGGCUUACUUGCAGCAACUGGGAUUAUUUUCACCGGAAUCGCUGUCUUCAGAGCUUCUUAUGAACAUCUGGGAUACCGUGCUGCCACCAUGAUCCGAGGCGGUUUGAUGAGUCUUGUCUUCAAGCACAUGAUGGCUCAGCCUUUGGGAAGUACAGACGAAUCCAGAGCCAUGUCUCUUAUGGGAUCUGAUAUAGAGAUGCUAGCUGAGUACUUCUAUUCGGUCGCGUGUGAGACGUGGGCGAACGUGCUCCAAUUAGCACUAGCUACAUGGUUGUUGGCAACAGAGGUCGGUGCUGUCUGUGUUGCACCCGUUAUAGUUGCGAUCGCAUUUACUACUAGUGCCUUCGCCAUGGGGAAUAUCGUUUCCAGUCGGCAAAGGGACUGGCUUCAGGCCACGGAAAAGCGCAUCACCUUCACAAGUUCCGUCAUGGGUUCCAUUCGAAACGUGAAAUUUCUCGGCCUAUCGGAAAUAAUGAGUUCCAAAAUUGAAGCGUUGCGCUUGGAAGAACUUGUGGUCUCAAAGAGAUUCCGACGAAUUCAGUCAAUCCGUGUUUGCAUGAUCAAUGCUCCCUUAGCGAUUGGACAGCUUGCGACACUGGCUGCCUAUGCAGUAGUUGCUUUGCUGCAGGGCUCUGGCGGUCUAGCCGUUAACCAGGCCAUUACAUCCUUAUCACUUAUAAGCCUGAUGAUUACGCCACUCAGCUAUCUCAUGUUAGCAAUUCCUGAUACAUUUUCUUCAAUAGGUUGUCUGUAUCGGAUCCAAGACUUUCUAAAAAGUCAAAAGUAUAUUGAGAAAAGACUUCUUCCGAAUACAUUGGACAGUCCUUCUCUUUUACAUGAAACUGUUUCCGGGGUUGAACUUUCUACCUUACCACAGCUUCUACCCAUCGAUAACGAUGUUGUCGUCUCUCUUGAAAAUGUCAUCUUUAGUUGGAAAUCCCCCAGCACAUCGGAGACAUCUGGCACAUCGGUCAAGUUGAGAGAAUCCCCUACUGGGAACCUGGUUGUUCUUUUGGGUCCGGUCGGGUCCGGUAAAUCCACUUUCCUCAAGGGUUUGGCAGGUGAAACGCCAGUGUUAAGUGGAGAGCUCUUCGUGAAGUACCCAGACAUCGCUUUCUGUGACGACACACCAUGGCUAUCCAACACAUCGAUACAAAAGAAUAUUGUUGGCGAGGAUUCAGAAUCUGAUUUCGACCCUGAUUGGUACCGCACCGUUGUGAGUGCAUGUGCACUGGACCUGGAUUUCAUGAAAAUGGCAGCAGGCGAUCAGACAUUAGUCGGCAGUAAAGGAUCCAACCUGAGUGGAGGACAGAGACAAAGAAUUGCGAUCGCACGAGCAGCCUAUGCACGCCGACGAAUUGCUUGCUUCGAUGAUGUUCUAAGUGGCCUUGAUAAUUCAACCUCGCGAACCGUGUUCAACAAUGUCUUCGGUCCGGCUGGACUAUUGCGCCGAUUGGGUUGUAUUGUAUUUUUAGCCACACACAGUACUUUCUGUCUACCACAAGCGGACUUGAUUAUGGUCCUUGGUGAAAAUGGAAAAGUAGUCAAACAAGGCACUUAUCGCCAGAUCCAAGGCGAAAUAAAGGGAAGCAUUGAAACGGAUUAUCCUCAACCAUCAAAAAUGGAUAAUGAGGUUGAAGGUGACGAGAAUCUAAAUAUGCCUGUAGAGGCUUCCACUCCUAGCACAAACACCGCUUCGUCUACGAAAGCCCGCCAGCGAAAGUCGACCGAACUGGCUGUAUACAAGUAUUAUUUUUCUGCGCUUGGUUGGUCUCGAGUUGCUAUUUUGCUUCUUUUUACCGUUACUGAGGCUUCGACGAGCGCAUUCCGCUAUGUAUGGGUCAGCAUGUGGUCCUCCAGUAGUGAUAAUGCUUCGCGCCUUGGAUACUGGCUUGGGAUGUAUGGAAUGCUCUCCGUUGUGCAGACUGUUUCGCUUGUUCUUGCUGUAUUUUGGACCUGGGUCGUCAUCGUUCCAUUCGCCUCUCGGAACCUCCACACAACGGUGCUUCGGACUUGCAUGAGUGCCCCUAUGUCCUUCCUAUCAAAUGUAGAUUCCGGUGAUCUUAUCACCCGCUUUAGUCAAGAUAUGAGACUUGUUGAUAUGAUCUUGCCUCGCGGCUUCAUAUCCACAGGCCUUCAACUCUUCGGGGCCAUUGCCCAAGGCGCCACUACGAUAGCUUCUUUGCCCUAUUUGGCAGCGACUUUACCCCUUCUGAUUGGACUCUUGUAUUCCAUUCAAAAGUUUUAUCUCCGAACAUCUUCACAAUUACGACUUCUUGAAAUUGAACUUAAGAGCCCUCUCUACACACAUUUUAUGGAGUCUCUGGCCGGAGUAAAUACAAUCCGAGCUUUUGGUUGGACUCAUCAUACAACAAAUCGGAUGCUAUCAAUUCUAGAUACCGCACAAAGGCCCUAUUACCUUCUACUGUGCAUUCAAAGAUGGCUAAGUCUCGUGCUCAACCUGAUUGUUGCCGGCAUAACUUUGCUACUCGUAGGGCUAUCCAUCCCUCUUCGGUCUAAUAUGGACCCAGGUCUCCUAGGCAUUGCCCUUGUGAUGAUGAUGAAUCUCGGGCUCGUUUUAUCAGAAUUGAUUCAAAACUGGACUCUACUCGAGACAUCUCUGGGUGCAAUUUCCCGUAUCAAAGACUUUGCUGAGCAGACCCCUCGUGAAGAGACUCAGAUCGCCUCUCAGACGGAUAGUCGAGCAACAGAGUGGCUCACAAGGGGUGAAAUUCACUUCCUGGAUACCAGUAUUGCUUGGAACACCGUUGAUCCCAACCCACUUCUCAACAAGAUCAAUAUUCGGAUUGGAGCGGGUGAGAAAUUUGGCCUGUGUGGCAGAACUGGAAGUGGAAAGAGCACGUUGGCACUAUCUCUCCUUCGUCUAAACGAGAUCGUAUCCGGACAGAUUCUCAUCGACGGCCAAGAUAUUGCUUCUAUGUCUCGAUUUUCAAUCCGAGAUCAAAUCAGCUGUCUCAGUCAAGAGCCAUUCAUCUUCCAGGGCACAGUGAGAGAAAAUCUCGAUCCACAAGGCAAGAGUUCUAGCUCGCAAAUUGUUGAUGCUCUUCAUUCCGUGGGUAUCUGGUCUAUUCUCGCAGCGUCUGAGUGUCUUACCGAGGAAAUAUUAAACACAAAGCUAGAUGAGAGCAUCCUAUCACAAGGCCAGAAGCAGCUAUUCUGUCUAGCCAGAGCUUUGCUGAAGAAAAGCAAAGUCUUGAUUUUGGAUGAGCCAACCAGCAGUUUGGAUCCCGAAACAGAUGCCAAGGUGCAGAAUGUGAUUAGGGAAGUUUUUAGUGGCUGCACUGUCAUCAUGGUCGCGCAUCGAAUCCAUACGCUACUUGAUUUUGAUCAGGUGGCUGUCUUGCAUAGCGGUCAAAUUGUAGAGAUGGGCCAUCCCCACGAUUUGCUGGGGAAUCCUGCUGCAGAAUUCACGAAAUUGUCAGCCCUCGAAUCGUGA